AUGAAGUCCUUGAUCGCCUCAACCGUCUUCAUUGCCGGCGCUCUUGCGCAAGGUGCUGCCUACGCACAAUGUGGCGGUCAGGGCUGGACUGGAGCGACAACAUGCACAGCGGCAACUACGCUGUCUACCUCAACGACCCAACCAUCCUCAACCUCUCAGCCGAGUUCGACGACCUCGAAUGCUCCAUCCGCGACGGGCUUCAAAUUCCUCGGCGUGGACGAGUCCGGUGCCGAGUUUGGUUCGAACAGCUAUCCUGGACUCUGGGGCAAGGACUUUAUCUUCCCUGAUAACACGGCUCUCCAAACGCUCAUCAGCUCGGGCUACAAUAUCUUUCGGAUUCCCUUCGCCAUGGAGCGUAUGGUCACCGGCACUUCGGUUUCGUCCUCAUUGGCAACUGCAUACCUCAACAAUUUGACCGCGACCGUUAACUUCAUUACCAAUGCCGGUGCCUACGCCAUUGUUGACCCACACAAUUUUGGGCGCUUCUACGGCAACAUCAUCACUGAUACGACCGGCUUUCAAACUUUCUGGAAGAACCUUGCCAGCGUCUACAAGAGCAACUCUAAGGUUAUCUUCGAUACCAACAAUGAGUACCAUGAUAUGGACCAGACCCUCGUCCUGAACCUGAACCAAGCUGCCAUCAACGGCAUUCGAGCUGCGGGCGCCACGUCUCAGUACAUCUUUGUCGAAGGCAACUCUUACUCAGGAGCUUGGACCUGGACGACCGUCAACGACAACCUGAAAGCCCUGACCGACCCACAGAACAAGAUCGUCUACGAAAUGCAUCAGUACCUUGACUCAGACGGAUCUGGCACAUCCGCCACAUGUGUAUCUGGUACCAUUGGACAGGAGCGCGUUACCAGCGCGACCCAAUGGCUCAAGACGAACGGCAAGAUUGGUAUUAUCGGGGAGUUUGCGGGCGGUGCGAACGACCAGUGCAAGACCGCUGUCACAGGUAUGCUCAACUACCUGAAGUCCAAUAGCGACGUCUGGCUGGGCGCUCUCUGGUGGGGAGGCGGCCCAUGGUGGGGAGACUACAUCUAUGGAUAUGAGCCUCCUUCUGGAACUGGGUACAAGUACUACGAUUCGUUGCUGAAGACGUACCACCCCUGA